AUGUCGGUUCAUCUGACUGUGGCCCUUGCAAGUGGCAGACAUGCUGACAUCGACGUCAGCCCUGGGGCUACGAUCGAGGAUCUGAGGCGCCAAGCGCAAGAAGAGCUGGGUGGUUCCAUCCGCCAUCUCCUGGGUCCGAGAGGAGAUGCGCUGCCAAGAAGUUCUUCUGUGGGAGAAGUCGGCCUUGCAGAUGGAGCCGUGCUGACUGCCGUGGUGGCGGAAUGCCAGGUGGCAGCAUCGAUGUUGGCUUUUGCAUGCCUUCGAGGCGACGGCAGCGUCACGACUCUUGGGCCCGAGAAGUACGGCGGCGACUGCGGCCUCGCGCAAGAGUCGCUGCAGACGGUGGUGAAGAUCCAAAGUACCCUGCGCCAGUUCGCGGCCAUUCGAGAAGACGGCACUGUGGUUCAUUGGGGACGUGAUGUCGCGCCCCUUCCGGGAGAGUUCAAGGCAAAGGAGAUCCAGUCGACCAGUCUCGCUUUUGCGGCAAUCUGCCCGGAUGGCUCCCUGGUCUCAUGGGGCGACCCGUCCUCUGGUGGCGACAGCCAGGAAGUGCAGGCGCAACUGCGCAACGUGCAGCAGCUGCAGGCAAACACGGACUCCUUCGCUGCAGUCUGUGCUGACGGAGGCGUGGUCUGUUGGGGAGGUUUCCUGGAUCCGGAUGAUGACGAGCUGAAAGGCGUGGAGAAGAUCCAGGCAACGUCUGCGGCUUUCGCAGCUCUUCGCCGCGAUGGCUCCGUGGUAACUUGGGGUCCUGCCCAGAAUGGUGGCAACUGCAGCAAGGUUCGAGACCGCCUAAAGAACGUGCAGCACAUCCAGGCCAAUCCAGGCAACCUAUUCCGGAGCUUUUGCCGCAAUCCGCUCAGAUGGCAGCGUGGUGACUUGGGGAUGGCAAGACUUCGGAGGGGACAGCACGGCAGUCGAAGAUCACUUAAAGCAAGUGAAGGAAAUCCAGUCUAG